UUUGUAUAUUAUAUUAGAAUAAAAUUUCUGGCAAUGACGUUAAAUCCAAUGCCGACAACACGCUUCGAAUGAUUGUGCAGUUUGGAAAGUUUUUUCUUUUUUAGAGUUCAUUGGAAGUUUUAGUUUGUAUUUUUUGUAGUUGUUCUUCAUCAGUUUUAAACCAUGUUAAUUACUUUGAAAACUCUAAAACAACAGACUUUCAAAAUAGAAGUGGAUGAAUCGGAGUUGGUUAGAACAUUUAAAGAAAAAAUUGAAGCUCACAAGGGCGGUGAAUUUCCAGCCAACUGUCAGAAAUUAAUAUAUGCAGGCAAAAUUCUAAGUGAUGACACAAAAAUUGGAGAAUAUGAUAUUGAUGAAAAGAAAUUUGUUGUUAUUAUGGUAACAAAGCCUCAAAACUCUCCUCAAGAAGAAAGUACGUCUGCAGGUGCCACAGCAGCUGUUGCUGCUGCUAAACCUGCUAGUCAAACUCCUGCAAAAGCCCCAACUCCUAAGGAAAACCCUGAAGCUUCUGCAGUAGAAUCAAAACCUGCUGAAGCAAAAGGUGAAGAAACAGCUGAGCCAAAAGAAUCGACUGAAAGUUCAGAUACCAGCCUUCCCAGUGUAAAUGUUGAAGCAUUAAAUAUAUCUGCAGCUGAAUCUGCUCUUCUUCUUGGUGCAGAUUAUGAGCGGACGGUUUCUCAAAUAAUGGAGAUGGGGUACGAAAGAGAUGAUGUUGAGCGUGCACUUAGAGCAAGUUUUAACAAUCCAGAUCGAGCUGUGGAAUAUUUACUUUCGGGUAUGAUUCCUAGUGAGAAUGCUGAGCCUGCAGAAGAAUCACAGGGUGAAAGUCAGCCUAGUACUAUCCAAAUUCCUGCUGGUAAUGAAGCUGAACCUUUAGCAUUUCUUAGAACUCAACCCCAGUUUCAGCAAAUGCGUCAAGUGAUACAACAUAAUCCUCAGUUACUAAAUGUUGUACUGCAGCAAAUAGGACAAAACAAUCCACAACUACUAUUAUUAAUAUCUCAAAAUCAAGAGGCCUUUGUACGAAUGUUAAAUGAGCCUGCUGCGAGUGGUGGGCAAUCUAGCAAUACUGCUGCUCCUGCAAGUGGGGGUGGUGGAGGAGGAGGAAGUGGUAGUGCUGCUGCUGCAACUGCUGCUGCUGCUGCUCUUAGUGGAGCUGGCGGAAUAACUUUUGAACCUACCAUUGGUGGUGGCCAAGUAGCUUCAGUUCAAGUUUCUCCGCAAGAUAGAGAAGCCAUUGAAAGAUUAAAAGCCUUGGGAUUUCCUGAAUACAUGGUAAUUCAAGCUUAUUAUGCCUGUGACAAGAAUGAAAAUCUUGCUGCUAACUUCCUUUUGUCUCAAAACUUUGAUGAUUGAUCUAUAUUACUUAAUGUAUUAACAUCCAGCAGAAUGAACAUUGUUUUAUACUUCUGUUAUCUACUAUUAAGUUGAUGCAUCUAGAACCUUUGAAAAAAUUUACCAAAUUAUUAUUAUUAAACAAAUUAUUUUAAUUUUGAUGAAAAUAUUUUAAACUUGAAGAUAGAGUACAUUGGAUCAUUAUAUGAUUGAAUGCAUAUGUACAUAUUUCGUUUCUCGUUAAACAUUAUGUUAAUUGAUUUCAUUACAUAAAAAAAUAUUUUUUUGCUAACUGAAAUAAAGUUUUGUUCUCGAAUUUGCAAGCUCUGAUACAUUUUAUUCAGACAUUUUCAGCUUGCUUACUGCAAUAAACUUGUUUUAAAGAAA